AUGCUACGUUCGCUCGGUACUUCUCCAAGCACCCAGCUAUGCGUUGCCGACCUUCCGCACGGCCCUACCAACUGUGCCAUAGCCUUCCACACCACCCUAGUCUUAUUUUUGAUGUACCACUAUUUUGCUGCCACGGAGAUAUACAACGCAAUACGUGUGUUCAUUGCUGCCUAUGUCUGGAUGACUGGAUUCGGGAACUUCUCUUACUAUUAUAUAAGGAAGGAUUUUAGUCUUGCACGAUUUGCUCAGAUGAUGUGGCGUCUAAAUUUCUUUGUGAUAUUUUGUUGCAUCGUCCUCAACAAUGAUUACAUGCUAUAUUAUAUCUGCCCAAUGCAUACGCUCUUCACAGUCAUGGUAUACGUGACGCUUGGUAUCUUCAACAAAUACAAUGAGAUUGGGUCAGUGAUGGCUGUGAAGAUCAUGUCCUGUUUUUUGGUGGUGUUCUUGAUUUGGGAAGUUCCUGGGGUUUUUUAUCUUCUUUGGAGCCCCUUCACCUUCUUUUUAGGGUAUAAAGAUCCAGAGCCUUCUAAGGCGAACCUCCCUCUUUUGCAUGAGUGGCAUUUCAGAUCCGGACUUGAUCGCUACAUCUGGAUCAUAGGAAUGAUAUAUGCUUACUACCAUCCAAAUGUUGAAAGAUGGAUGGAAAAAGUUGAAGAAGCUGAAGCCAAACUCAGGUUCUCAAUUAAAACAUGUAUAAUUGCAGUUAGUUUGAUGGUUGGUUUUUUGUGGUACGAGUACAUUUACAAACUAGAUAAAGUUAGUUACAAUAAGUAUCAUCCCUAUACGUCAUGGAUCCCAAUCACUGUUUAUAUUUGCUUGCGAAAUGCAACCCAGCAGUUGCGAAAUUAUUCCUUGACUCUUUUUGCGUGGCUUGGCAAGAUCACGCUUGAGACAUAUAUCUCUCAGAUCCAUAUUUGGCUUCGGUGAGAAUGGAGUUUGACAUUUAUAAAAUGUUUUUUUUUUCUUUUUAUCUAAUUCUAAUCAAAUAGCUUCUUUAACUAACGUGUUUUCUCUAAUAAAAUAAACAACUGAGUCAUAGUAUCAUUUUUUGGUUAUAAGCAAACAAUGAAUAUAUGAGUUUGGUUUUCUUUAGGAAUAAUUUUUGUCUUCUAUUCUGAUAUAAAUUGUGUUAGAACUGAUUUGAUCAUUUAUUUUAAAAUUAAUGCAAUUUAAAAUUUUCAUAUACAACACUAUU